GGAACUCUUAUUGCUGCCAGGCAGUGGCAGAUUUACUUGAUUUCGACCUUGCCUGAAAAAGGGCGCGCCAUUCCAUUCCGGCUUUUGCUUGCUCUCUCGUCACCCGGUGGCAUCCCCUUCUCGCUCCAGCAUUCGCAAAGUUGUAGCCAGCCACAUGCAGCGCUGUGCGGCAAGGCCGUGUAAGGGGAGCAACAGGUGCAGGUCGGCUGCAGUGCGCGUGUGCGGCAGCGCGCCGGGCGCGGGGUCGGCACGCGGCCCCCGCACCUUCCCACCCGGGGCAUCGCGCCGGCUCCGCCACCUCCCGCAGCGGACACGGUGUCAGGCCCUGGGCCCGGGGGGCGGCAAGGGCCCCCAGGACGGCCCCAUCAAGCGGCUUGCGCAGCAGGCGGAGCGUCACGCGCAUCAGCUGCUGGACUGCCUCACACCCAAGGCCGAGUACGACUUUGCUGACGUGUUCCUCAUCGGCUUCAGCACGCUGGUGUUCAUGUGGGUGGCGGCGGAGAUGUACCGCCUGUACGCCUUUUCGUACUACGCCUCGGGCGCGCACACGGCGGGCACCUUCAUGGGCCACUGAUGAGAGAGCUAAGGGCGCUUCCGGUGCUGAGGCUGCUGAGUUUGUCAACGGUGUUGACGGUGGUAGGGGUGCUAAGGAGGUAGGACGCGUGGGGUGAUAAGGAGUCAGGGUCGUGGUGGGGGUGAUGGUGGCGGCGGCGCGAUGUGGGGGCGCUGCAAUGCAGUGCUGCGCCUCAAACCCCAUUUUGCGCAUUCGGCUUCGGAGGGGCCUGUGGCGGUGCCGGGGUCCGCAAGCCUUGAGGCCAGAGGUGCACGCGAUGAUGCGGGGCGCGGCGUGCCAAGUGUCUGCUGCGCUGCGUUCGUAGAUGCGCCUUGUUGGAGGGUAAAGGCGGCCAUGCACGGUUUGCUUGAGAGCGGUCAUGCAUGCUCGCAAGCCGGGUUGAGCGGCGGUGACAGCGGCGCAGCGGCGGCGUGGAGUCAGGUGUGCCGUCGGCCUGUGUUGGACGGGGCUGGCAAAUGUUGGGCACAAGCCAGGGUGUGAUAGGUGUGUUCAGUUUGUUUUUUGCAGGAUGGAUCACAAUGUGCGUCUAAUUAUGAUGGCCGAAGUGACUAAGGAGAAGGCGAGAAGAAAACACGUACGCCGUCUAGCUGACCACUCAAGUUGCUGAGGGCGCUGGCAUGAACGCGGCGUUACAGGGACAGUUCGAUGAUGGGGCGUCUCUUGGUGUGGCGAUAGGAAGGUAAGAGGUCGCGCUUAUUUCAGAUUUCAUACAGGGCUGUCGGCACUUCGGUUCCUUGCGCGGCAAAUGGAGCCUCCAUUAGAUGUUGUCUUGCCAUCCUGUGACCUUGCCGGUGCAGUUGCGGUUGCGGCGUGUGGAGAUGGUGGGCAAGUGUGGGCGCCCUGUUUCAGUGGCGCGACCCCAGUCGCUCGUCAUAACUUGCAAGUGUCAAUAACAAAUAGCAUCACGCAUACAUUAUAUACACAGACACGCCAGAGAGCGCCAUUUCAGGCCGUCGGGAGUGGCGACCGGUGGCGUGACUGGUGGCGGCAGGUGUGGUGGUGCUAUCACAGGAACGUUAUUGAGCUGUUGGUGCUGGCCAGGGGCGCUGGCUCUCUCGGGACGACGUGACAGCCUAACACGGCACGGGAGUUUGGGACCUGGACAUCAAGUCGCCGUUACUGACGAAAACAACACACACGGGACGCGAGCCUGUAAAGUUUGAAACCU